AUGACGAGACUAAGGAGAAAAGAGCUGGGAAUCUCAUGCAUGCUAAACACGGAGGUGGGCGUGGUUCUGGCCGUGCUCCGGCGAUCCUCCGACGGGAACCACUACUUCGCGACGGAGGAAUGCUACGACACCCCGAUCUCCCAGUCCCUGAAAUCCCUCCGAGCCCUCAUCUUCAAUCCCCAGCAAGAAUGGCGCUACCUCGACCCCUCGCUCUACCUCUUGCCGUUUCUUGAUGUCAUCCAGCACGGCGAGAUCCCCGCCGCCGCCACCGGCCUGGCGCUCUCCUCCAUCUUCAAGAUCCUCAAGCUCCAAAUCUUUGACCACAAAACCCCCGGCGCCAGGGAGGCCAUAAACGCCUCCGUCGCCGCCAUCACCAGCUGCCGCCUCGAAAAGACCGACCCCACCUCCGAAGACGCUGUUAUGAUGAAGAUAUUGCAGGUGUUGACGGCGAUCAUGGCACACCCGGCGUCGAUUUGGCUGACGGACCAGGCGGUGUGCACGGUGGUGAACUCGUGCUUCCAGGUGGUGCAGCAAUCGGCGAACCGCGGCGAUUUGCUGCAACGCAGCGCGAGAUUCACAAUGCACGAGCUGGUCCACAUAGUGUACUCGCGGCUGCCGGAGGUGGAGGUGACGGACUGGGAGAAUUCGGAGUCGGACACGGAGGACAGCGGGCUGGACGAUUCCGGCUACGGGAUCCGGGCGGCGGUUGACAUCUUCCAUUUCCUGUGCUCGUUGUUGAACGUGGUGGAAGUGGUGGAAUCCGAGGGGGUGACGUACCAAACCGCCGAUGAGAGCAUUCAGCUUUUCUCCCUGGUUUUGAUCAACUCCGCCAUCGAGUUGAGCGGCGACAGCAUCGGCAUGCACCCCAAGCUGUUGAGGAUGAUCCAGGACGACCUCUUCCACCACCUCAUUCACUACGGCUCCUGCUCCAGGCCCCUCGUUUUAUCCAUGAUUUGCAGCACUGUCUUGAACAUCUAUCACUUCCUUCGCAGGUCGGUUCGGCUUCAACUGGAAGCGUUCUUCUCAUUUGUGUUAUUCAAAGUGGCGGGUGCAACCAACACACUGGCACAGCAAGAAGUGGCGGUGGAAGGGCUGAUAAACUUCUGCCGGCAGCCCACAUUCGUGGUGGAAGCCUACGUGAACUACGACUGCGAUCCCAGUUUCCGGAGUAUUUUUGAGGACGCAGGAAAGCUGCUGUGCAGGCACGCAUACCCUUCAGGUGGAUCUCUCACCAGUUUGCAGCUCCAAUCCUUCGAAGGCCUAUCAACCAUCAUCCACAAGGUCGCAGAGAACAUCGACAGGGAAGGCGACACCAUCCCUUCCGGCCCCUAUCCCGUCGAGAUUUCUGAGUACAGACCUUUCUGGGAGGAGAGGGUGAGAGAGGAUAAUGAAGAUUUGGAUUCUUGGAUUGAUUUUGUUAGGGUGAGGAAGGCACAGAAAAGGAAGAUCUUGAUUGCUGGUGACCAUUUCAAUCGGGACGAGAAGAAGGGGAUGGAGUAUUUGAAACACUCAGGUUUGGUCUCAACAUCUGAUCCCAAAGCUUAUGCUAUGUUCUUUAGAUACACACCAAAGCUGGACAAAACCGCCAUUGGAGAUUACCUUGGAGAUCCUGAUGAUUUCCACCUUAAAGUCCUCAAAGAGUUCACUGACACGUUUGAGUACACUGGAAUGGUACUGGACAAUGCUCUCAGAACUUACCUGGAAUCUUUCAGGCUGCCCGGAGAAUCCCAGAAGAUUCAGAGGGUUCUUGAAGCAUUUGCUGAGAGAUUCUACGAGCAACAAUCCUCGGAAAUAUUUUACAGUAAAGAUGCGGUUUUUAUCCUGUGUUAUUCUGUCAUCAUGCUCAACACUGAUCAGCAUAAUCCCCAGGUGAAGAAGAAGAUGACAGAAGAUGAGUUCAUUAGAAAUAACAGAGCAAUCAAUGCCGGUCAAGAUCUCCCCAGGGAGUACCUCUCUGAGCUUUUCCAGUCCAUUUCUGCCAAUGCAAUCCUCUUCGAUUCUGCUGCAGCUCCUCAAGAAAUGAACCCGAAUCAAUGGAUCCAGCUAAUCAACCGAUCCAAGCGUAUGAAUCCCUACAUAAUGUGCGAUUUCGAUCGCCGUCUGGGCAGGGAUCUGUUCGCUUCCAUUGCAGGCCCCUCAGUUGCUACCUUGGCAGCCAUUUUCGAACAGGCGGAUGAAGAAGAAGUCCUCCAUGAAUGCAUAGAAGCACUGUUCUCCAUUGCCAGAAUAUGUCAGUAUGGCCUAGACGACACCCUCGAUGAGCUCGUCUGUACUUUCUGCAAAUUCACCACUUUGAUAAAUGAUUUUGCGUCUAAAUAUGCACGACGCAUGUCACUUUUUAAAUGA